AUGGCUCCUAAGACCACGACUAAAGGUCAUCAGAAAUUGCUGGCCAAGGCCAUGGCUGCCAAGAGCAAGGCUAAGCCGGCUAAGCAAACCGGCAAGAUUAAGGCCGAAAAGACGACGCCCAAAAAGAAAGCCAGGGCUGCGAAGCUGGAGCCCGAACAGGAAGAGUGUGAGCAAACCGCGACGACCGGUUUGGGGUAUGCUCGGGGCAGCAUCUCUGCUGCUUUGACAGGGCUCCGCUAUCAGCUCAAGGCAAAGAAAACUACGGAUCAGGAGAAAGAAGAGUACGAAGCCGGAGACGUCGAGACCAAAAGGACGACCCUUGCCAAGGUCCAACAGUUCGGGGUCAAGAAUUGCAACUGGGUGCAUCAGAUGCAGAAGUCGACCGUGACGACCAACAGUGAAUCCGAAAGUACGGUCAAAAAUUGGUACACUCGGACGGCGAUUUUCAAGAUCGAGGGUAUCGAUGAAACCGGCUUGGAGGAGGCUACGAAGCAGGAGCUGCUCGAAGAGCUGAUGUCCGAAGCCGAAAAGCGCUACAACUACGAAAGAUCGACCAAGAUUCACCCCAAGUUCGAGGUGCUCAGCAAGUACUUCUACGUGCGCUCGAAAGGACAGGUUGCCCGGCAGGCCACCAAGACGGAGGAGUCGCUGGGAAGCCAGUGUGCCGGCAUGAAGAACUUGCAGUUGAAGGACAAGAGAUCCAUCGACAUCAUGUUGGGCAAGGUCGAUACUGCGGGCAGCAGCAGUUCCAAGGAUCCGGCCAAGCAGCCCAGCGAGAGCUAUGCCAGAGCGAAAGAGCUUUUGAAGAAGAUCGUGAGCGAGAAGAAAAAGUUGACCCAGGCCAAAGAGGACCUGAAGUCCUUGAAGACCAAGAUUUCCACCAAGUUCAGUGGGGAUAAAACAUGGGAUAAUCGCAAGGACGACGUCGAUCGGGCGAUCGCAGCUCUGGAGGACUUCUUGGGUGUUCUUCGCCAGCACGAGGCCGAGAGUGUGCCGGAGGAUGUUACUUCCGAUUGCACCGAGCUUGUGGCCACCUUUCACAGUGUCGUGGACCAGGCUAGCAACCACGACAAAGGCAGCAAGGAAGCCGGGGCACUGCAUGUGGAAGACUUGCAGGUUCGUGGCUGGAAUCAGGCGAAGAACACGUCUGAAGAGUAUUCCUUGGCAAUGUUGCUGCCUCACGAAUCCUUGCACUCACUGCUCAAAGUGAACACGCCAGAGGCCUUGCUUCAGCAGCAAGCCGAGAUCCUGCCUGACAGGCCUGACCUGGAGAACCACUUGCAUUUUUUGGAGGAUGAGUUGGGCUUGGAUUCUGAAUCCACUCUCCUCAUGGGCAUGUGGUGCGAUGGUGUGCCUUUCAACAGCGACCGAUCCAUGACUUUGGAAACUAUUUCUUUGAACAUCUUUGGCCAGCAGAAUCUUCGCCUGCCUGUUGCGGCCUUUCCAAAAGAAUUUGCAUCCAAAUCGCAAACUUUUGAGGAUGUAUUCGAAAUCAUCCAGUGGUCCUUUAAGCAGCUGGCGACGGGGAGCAUGCCAAGCUGCCGACACGAUGGCCGGCCCUUCAAUCGAACCGAUAGUUACCGACAACGUUUGGCAGGCAAAAAGCUUCCACUGAGAGCUGAGCUGCUCUGGCUGAAUUUCGAGCUGAUUGGAGCUGUUACAAGGUACCCUGUCAUUUCCAGCAUGGACUUCUUCAUGCGCCAGAGGCAGCAGAAUCAAUUGGUGUCGAGAUUAUUUUCUUGCCCAGGAUUCAAUACGGCUUGCUGCAAGAUGGACUUUUUACACGCUUGCGACCUCGGAGUAACAUCCGACUGGCUUGGGUCUUUGCUGUUUUACUUACAGAGUGAGAAGAUCCGAGGCUUGAGCAAACUCCUCCGAUGUGCCAAGCUGUACCAAGACAUCAAGGCAUACUACGACAGAACUGGGGUCCAAGAUCCAUUGCCGAAGCUCCUUCCCACCAUGCUUCGUGAAGAGGAUCGAGGCAAGAUCAAAUCCCCCAAGUUGAGAGCCAAAGCAGGGGAAGCUCGAGCACUCGUCGGUGCUGCCAUGGAAUUGGCUACAAAGUAUCGCCAGCAAAUCCUGCUGAACAGGAAGUCUUCAGAGUUUCUUCUCAGAAGUUUCUUUUACUCUGGGGCAGCCUCGGGCGAGGUGAACCCUAGCAAGACCUGGACCUACAGGGAUGAGAGCUAUGGGCAUACCCUAGCAUUGCUGGGCAGACGGGUGGAAGACGGUGUGAAGACGCUUUUUGUGGCUGCAGCAGAAUGGUUCGAUUUCACUCCAGAUUUGUUGUUGGACGACAGCUGGGUGGAGGUGGACAUUGCAGAGCAUUCGGCUAAAGCUGCCAUAUACCAUUGCGAAUGCCAGUGGGGUGGUCAUUUGGUCAAAUUCGUGCUGAGCGGUGUGGUUGUUCGCAACCCACCCCUGAUUAAAAGCCAUGCCCUGGUGCGGCCAGAAAUCAGGGCCCUGCAUCAGAACACGUCGGAGGCUGGCUUCGCACCCGAAUUGCUGGAACUGCAUGAUCCUGGUACUACGACUGUGCAACAGUUUUCCUCCUGGGGCUUGCUUCGACUGGGCAGUCUACUUUUUGCCGAUCUAGAAGCACCAUUCCGGAAGAAUUCGAGUGAUUUGCGGUGCUCGUCUGCCGCAAGCUAUCAGAACCUCCGGCGUGACUAUCCGGAUUUCGGUGACAGCUCGUUAUCUUUCUACCAGGAUGGAGUGGGUCGUGCUGGUCUGUUGGUAUGCCAUCCGUGUGAAGAGGAUGGCAGGUUUGAUGUGAUUGGUGUUUUCAAUGUGCCGCAUGAGAAGUUUGAGUAUUGGUCUGCAAUUCACUUCAAUCUUGUCUUGGAGUCAGCGCAAAGAGUCGCAGACGUAUUCUUGAAUGGUCCGACCAUUUCCACGAUGCGUGAGAGUGAUGAAUGUUUUUACAUUGUUUUGACGAUACAGAGUUGCAAGCGUGGCUUGCCUCUGGUUCCAUUGGUUACAGACGAGCUGCCCACGACCACAAUCGUUGCAGGAGAACGCCUUGGUCUGGAUCGCUGGAUCCGUUUCAACCCGGAGUCGGUUGGCAGCUCAAAGUUCUACCUGUCGGAGUACAUCAAAGUACUGCUGUCCAAUGUUGGGGAGAAUAUUGACGCUUACAACUCCAUGGAUGGACGUACUCUUAUGCCCUAUCAGUGUGCCGUACGCCGCGAGCAGUGGAUCUCGUUGAGGACACGAUUCGUUGAAGUCUUCCUCUUGCAGAAAACUGCUUACCGGCGUGCCAAUGGCGGGUCCACUGCUCCAAGCAUGCAUGAAGGUGUGGAACCACGGUUCAGUCCGGACACCUCCGUGAUGUUGCUGAGAGAGCGUCUCCUUCGCGGCAAAUCGCAAACCGCACAUCAAAAACUGCUGGUGCGGCGUACUUUUCUCGAGCUGGAGGAGGAGGAUGAGUACAAGAUGGGGAGAGACCAGCGGCGGCACAAGACCACAACUGUGUUGCCAGAGAACUCUCCAAUUCUCGCGGCCUAA